GUGAAAUUUCAAAAAGUUCGCGGCAUAAUACUCGGUCGCUCUAGGCCAGUACCUCGAUGACUUAGGCUCCUACCGUCCGACUCGAACAUAUAAUCCUGUUCUUCCCGCAUUUACCGACAGAUCCAGUAAAAGCUAAUAGAAAGAAGAAAAGAGGGUGAAGAACCCAAGUAUUGUCCUCGACUGAAUCUGCAAUGGGUAUCAAAGAUCUCCUCAGAUUCAUGAAACCCCACCUCGAGCAUGUCCACAUAAAAAAAUACGCCGGAAAAAGAGUUGGGAUUGAUGCAUAUUCAUGGCUGCACAAGGGGGCCUAUUCAUGUAGUAUGGAGCUCUGUCUGAAUAUGGAAGGCGACAAGAAGUUGCAGUACUUAAAUUACUUCAUGCAUCGAAUCAAUUUGCUUCGACACUAUAAGAUCAUUCCUGUAGUUGUUUUUGAUGGUGGAAAUCUUCCAUGUAAGGCUUCCACCGAGGAUGAGAGAUACAGGAAAAGGAAAGCUAAUCGUGAUCAGGCAAUGGCAUUGCUGAAGGAAGGCAAUGUUAAUGCUGCAGCUGAGCUCUUCCAGAGGGCAGUGAGCAUCACCCCAGCAAUGGCACAUCAAUUAAUUCAGAUUCUUAGAUCAGACAACAUUGAAUUCGUGGUGGCUCCCUACGAAGCUGAUGCACAGUUAGCAUAUAUGGCUAGCCUUAAACCUGAAAAAGGAGGAAUUGCUGCUGUCAUAACAGAGGAUAGUGACUUACUCGCAUAUGGUUGCCCUGCUGUUGUUUUAAAGAUGGAUCGUUAUGGCAAUGGUGAAGAGUUUUUGCUGGACAAAGUUUUCAAGUCUGUUGAUAGGAAGCCUUUUUUCACAAAUUUUACCAAAGAUCUAUUCAUAGGCAUGUGUGUUCUGGCUGGCUGUGACUUUCUUCCAUCUGUUCCUGGGAUAGGAAUUACAAAAGCUUAUAAUUUUGUCUCCAAGUAUCGAAACUUAGACCGCGUCCUCUCCAUAUUAAAGUUUGAAAAGGGCAGCCAAGUGCCUGAAGAUUACUCAAAAUCAUUCAAAGAAGCAGUUUCUGUUUUUGAGCAUGCCAGGAUAUAUGACAUUGCUUCCAAGAAGACAAGGCAUAUGGAGCCUAUUCCAGAAUCACUAAUGCAAUCUCUACAAGAAGAGCUUGACUUUUUGGGGCCUGAAAUACCUCAUUCCAUAGCAACUUCUAUUGCACAAGGCAAGCUAAAUCCUUGUACAAUGGAAGCAUUUGAUCACCUAUCCAGUGCUGAAAAUAAUUCUAAUCCCAAGAAUGCCACCAAAGCUUGUUCUCAUCAACAUUCUUCACAGAGAGAAGCUAAUUCCGGUUUCGGGAAGGAAUGUUUUGUUUCCAUUACCUCUCGCAAACUCACAAAAGAAGCAAACUUUAAAGAACAGGAACAAGUUUCUGGCUGGAACCAAGUCUCUUUUGUUGAAGAGAAGCAUUUAGCUGAUCCAAGAGCAUUUGAAAAGUUACUCAAUGCUUCAAGUGUUCGAGAGGUGGAAGAUGAUAAAGAGUUUAAUGCAAAAGAAGUACAAAAAGUACCAGAUAACAAUCCAUUUAGAAAAAGAUGUUUUGCAGAAGUUGAAGCAAAUGAGGCAGUGAGUUUUACUGGACAAGUCUCGGUUGAAGAACAGGAGCAUGUUUCUGAAUGGAACCGAGUCUCUUUUGUUGAACAGAAGAAGCAUUUCCCUGAAGCUAUAGCUCUGGAAGAGUUACUCAAUCCUUCAAGUGGACUGGUGGAAGAUGAGAAAGAGGCUGAUGCAAAAGAAGAUAAAAAAGUACCCAAUAACAAUCCAUUUCAAAAAGAAUGUUUUGCAGAAGUUGAAGCGGAUGAGACAGAUAGUUUUAGUGGACAAGCCUCAUUGGUAACUGAGGCUGAAAGCUUUGAAGUCCUUACCACUUCAGAUUCUCAGAAAAGUGUGAAUUCUAAAGUUGUAAAAAGAUCAGAAGAAAAGAGAAGAGGAAGUAUUGGAAAGAAGGCUAAGAGAAGUAAUAAUUCUCAAAGUUCAAUAUCACAAAAAAGCAGUAUACUGAAUUUCUUCUCUAGAGUGUAAUAUUCUGUGCUGUUCAUUAAGAAUUAUUUUUUGAUCAAUAACUUCAUUGCUUUUGGAGUAGUC